UAAUCAAUGAAAUGAAAUACAAAAAAAUCCUGCCUUAAUUCAAAUGAUCGACAACAAUCAUUAUAUUUAAUCAAUUGAUCAUAGACUCGGUGGUAUUAAACAAGAAGUGUGCUGCAAUAAUGAUGUUGUUUCGAUCAAUGGCCCAUAUCACUAAGGUCACAUUACUUACUUUACUAUCUGACCCAUUAGGAAUUUAGGUCGUCGCAUGGUUAGGGUUAACGUCAACUGUAAACCUGGACUUAGCGAUCGCUAUUAAAUGCUAAACCGUCUGAAACGUUUAGGCAACUGAGGCUCUAACGUUAUUCAAUUUCGACCAAACUAUAGUAACAUUACGUUACAUGUCUCAAUAAACAAGUAGCAAGUAGAUGUAACACUGCAAAUCAGAGGAUUUGCUUGCUAGUUUAGCUAGUGCUAACUAGCUAGCAGCUAACUACGCAACACAAGAAGGCUGAGGAACUACGAGCACGGAAAUUAGGCGAGCUAAAAGAUUCUAUCACAAAUCUAGCUCUACUUGAGGGACAGCAGGUUUUUAUUUUUUGCUGCUGACCCAGCUGUGCCCGUCGCUCAGUGUCAAGUGUCUGAAGUAAAAUCCGACACGUGGGUUGACACCCAGAUUCUGAAGUCUACAGCUCUUAUCCAAUCGCACAACCCAACAGUUUAAUCCAGGUUCCUUGAUUGCUCUAAAGAAGACCUGCCCUCAAUGCCCUAUCGCCGGAAACUUCCUGUUGAAUCGUUGAGUCAGGUGGAGAAUCCAUGGAAAGGCAUCACACUGAACCGAUGUAUUGCCCUGGCCAUGAUAAUUGUGGUGGUCAGCUCAAGUGUUGAGCAAGUGCAAGAGGCCCUGGAUACCUUCCUGGAGGAGGAGGAUGGUCUGAGCAUGACUGACGGAACUAAUCAGCCUGGCAGCUUGCUGUGGGACACCUUGGCAUUCUGGAACUGGGGCCUGGAAGAUGACACGCUAAAGAGACGAUCGAUACGCAAAAAGAUCCAUAAACGAGACCCGACCGUCAGACUUCUGAGGGAGAAAUCUGUGCUGGAAGCACUGGAUGGAGAUGACUGAGGGGAUAGGGGGUGAAGAGACAGGCUGAUAGAGAAUGUGAUACAAAAAAAAGUAAAAGAGGGAAGGAAAGGGGAGGGACAUGUUGGAAGAGGAGACAAUGGUGACAGCGGUGAUGACUGAAUCAUCAGAUAGUUGCAUGACUCAAUAAGCUCAGAAACAAAGCCAAUGACAGGAUGUUACUAUGCCUCAUGCCAUGAGGGCAGAUUGAUCUACCCCAAGAUUUCACACUUUUUUCAGCACUAGCAUUACUUAAGCCAUUAGAGAUUGGACAACAGAGAAAGAGAAGCAAUGUUUGCUUUGAUAAAUCGGUAUUUGUAACAUUACUUUUGUCGCUGUUAAUAAAUUACAUCUCUUGGUUCAAA